ACAUUUAGUUUUGGUAGCGUUAAGUUAAUAGUUUUCAAGUGUUAAAAAAAUAAACAUUCGCGCAUUUUCAUUCAGUUAGGCAAAGAAUAAGGAUGACAGCAAGUUUGGCAGCAGCACAAUGUGCUACACCCAGUACGGGUCUGAUGAAUUCUCUGGUUACUUUAUUAGUACAAAGUAUAUUUGCGGCCCAGUGUAAUAUCUCCCGACCAGAGUAUUGGCCAGCAGACUAUGCAGAGACUGCACUGAAAGCGGGCUUGGAAACAUAUGAUUUUGUGGUGGUGGGAGCUGGCACGGCAGGAUCCAUAGUGGCUAGUCGUUUGAGUGAGAAUCCCAAUUGGAAGGUUUUAGUUUUAGAGGCCGGCGGUGAUCCUCCCCAAGAGUCAGAGGUUCCCAAUUUGUUUUUGGCCAUACAACAUACCGAAUUCACAUAUCCUUACCUUGUAGAGCCCAAUGGCCGCUCCUGUAAGGCUUAUAAGGAUAACAAAUGCCAUUGGCCUCGAGGUAAAAUUAUAGGAGGUUCUGGUUCCAUAAAUGCCAUGCUGUAUGUAAGAGGCAAUCGUUUUGAUUAUGAUCGUUGGCUAGAGGAGGGCAACACCGGUUGGGGUUUCAAUGAAGUCUGGCCUUAUUUUGAGAAAUCCAUUAGACCAGUAGGUAAUGAAAGCCAUCCCCAGGGUUAUGUAACAAUUGAUGAAUUUCCCCACUUUGAUGAGGACAUAACUGAUAUGCUCUCGAAAGGCGCCAGUGAAUUGGGAGUACCCACCGUAAAGGAAUUUGCUGAAGGCAGCUAUAUUGGCUAUAGUCAUCUUAAGGGCACUAUAAAAAAUGGCCAUAGAGCCAGUACUGGAAAAGGACAUUUGGCCAAAGUUUCGCAUCGACCUAAUUUAAAGGUUAUCAAAAAUGCUCAAGUAACUAAACUGGAAUUUGAGGAUAAUGGCCAGAAAGUAAAAUCGUUGAAUUUUAUGUUGAACGAUAAAACAACACUGAAGGUCAAUGUUAAACGGGAAGCUAUAUUAUCGGCUGGCACCAUAGACUCUGCCAAAUUGUUAAUGCUAUCGGGCGUGGGUCCUGAGCAGGUGCUGAAACCUCUUAAUAUACCAGUUGUGCAAAAUUUGCCCGUGGGACAAAACCUACAAGAUCAUUUAAUGGUGCAAGUAUUUAUGAAGCUGACGGGUGAGCCCGUUGAUCAAAAACAAGUAUUAGAUAAUAUUUAUCAAUAUUUAAUACACAACAAAGGACCUAUGACCACACAUGGCACUGCCUCCUUUACCGGUUUCAUUAACACCAAACCGGCUGAAAAGUCUGUUUAUCCCGAUAUAGAAUUCCAUAACUUGAUAUUGAGAAGAGGCGACGCCAUGGGUUUGGAAAUAUUUUUAAAUGGUUUGAAUGUAAAGGAGGAGUUGAGGCCCCAACUCAGAGAGACCAUACAAAAUCAUGAGCUUUUAAUUUUCUUCACCAACUUGGCACAUCCCAAAUCCAUGGGGGAUAUUAAAUUGAAAUCCUCCAGCCCCAAAGAUGCACCCUUAAUUAAUGCCGAUUACAUGUCUGUUGCCGAAGAUGUGGAAGUUGUAUUGCGUGCCAUAAAGUAUUUAGAGAAUCUAGAGCAGACACAAGCUUUCCAGCAAAAACAAGCCGAACUUCUGCAUAUACCCAUUGAGGAGUGUGAUCAAUAUACCUUUAAAUCUGAACAAUACUGGAGAUGUUAUGUAACCUACUUUUCGGCCACCUGUUAUCAUCAUGUGGGUACGGUAAAAAUGGGUUCUGAGGCUGAUGUCAAAGCCUGUGUUAAUCCCCGUCUAAAGGUUAAGGGUGUGAAAAAUCUACGUGUCGUUGAUGCUUCAAUCAUGCCUUAUGUUACCAGUGGCAAUACCAAUGCGCCAACAGUUAUGAUUGCCGAAAAGGCCAUAGAUUUGAUCAAAGAAGAUUGGUCGUCCACUGAAGAUCUUGAUGAUCUACAUAAUAAUUAUCAUUAUCACGAAUUGUAGACGUGUCAAGUGUUAUAGUUUUAUAAAUUUAACUUGUUAUUUAUAUGUAUAUUUAAACAGUAGUAGUAUCUAAUAGUUCUUUUAAAUUUGUUUAUUUUUCAUUUUAUCAAGAUGAUAUUAAGGUAAGGGACGUUCAAGUUUAAUUUAAGUGGAGUUCUCUUAUCUGCAUGAGACCCCGAAAAAUAAAAUAAAUAAAAUUUUGUUUUCAA